AUGACUUCAAUGUCACUUUUCGCUGGCACCCUCCGGAGGGCUUUUGACAGCCCAAGCCGCGAGAUGUUGUUUGACCCCGAAGCCUUCAUCGAGGAGUGGCUCUGGUGUGAGUAUCAGUUGGUCAGAUAUCCUGGUCCGCUGCGUUCAGACUGCUUGAGCGCCUGCCGAGGGUUACCCGACAGGCUGUUCAUUGCCGCCGAUCUCGGUAGCUCUGAAGCAGUCGCCGAAGCGAUGAUAAGGUGCCGGCACGUACAGCCUACGCCGUCACAUGUGGGCAAUCCCUUGGAGCCUGCGACACGUACUGCGGCCAUUGUGUACAUAGAAGCACUUGUGCCGGACGAGCCUGGCAACCCUCUCGUUCAUGCGGUUCUCCUGAACCUUCUGUCCACUUCGGUCCGGAACAUCAUUCGAAGUCUCCAGGAGCGACAGUCUGAGACGCGAAACGAGAAUCAAUGGACGCAAAGCGGCGACGAGGGCUACGGCGACAAAUUACCAACUGUAGCGGCGUCUAAACCACUGCUGAUAUGGGUUUGUCUUGUUGGAUCUGUUGUCGCGAAACUCUACGAAACGAAGUUGAUCACAUUGGGCAUAACGUUCGACCGUGACUGUUACGGACAGUGUUUUUCUAUGGUUGUAGGUUCGGAGCCUGAGAACGUCGACCAGCUCCAGGACGAAGACCUUACACUUUGCAAGAUGCUUGAUGUAAGGGGCUUGCGUAUCAAACCGUAUGACGAGAGGGUUCUUCUGAAAGCCCUGCUGAGGGAGCAUGUCUACGGUGUCCCAAUGCUUGACUUGGCGUAUGUGUAA